AUGGGCUACGACAUGACUACCCUGGUGCCAUCCGACCAGGCCUUCUACGACAUCGUCCCAGGAACCGGGUCGACCCCGGUCGGCCGGGUCACCCUACCGGUCACCUUCAGCACUCGGGACAACUACCGGACCGAGUACGUCAACUUCGAGGUCGCCGAGUUCGAGACCUCCUACCACGCCAUCCUGGGAAGACCCUCCCUUGCAAAAUUCAUGGCGAUCCCCAACCACACGUAUAUUCUCCUGAAGAUGCCAGCUCCAAAGGGGGUCCUCUCGGUCUACGGAGAUCUGCAGACAUCCUACGCGUGCGAGGCCGAGAACAUCAAGCUCUCUGACACCCUAGAACGAUCCAGGAACUCGGUUCUUGUUGCCCAUGCAGCAAAGAACCUCCCGGCGGACCAGCAGCAAAUCCCCGCCAAGGAGUCGACUUCCCAGUCGCAGCUCGUGCCAGCAGUUGCUACCAAGAGCAUCAUCCUCAAGGAUGAUGAGCCGCACAAGACAGCCGUGAUCGGGGCCAUCCUCGACCCAGCAUAG